CGAGGCAGCCCGUCUGCAGGCCCCUGCAGUGAGAGCGGCGCAUCUGGAGGAGAGCUGGCCGGCCGGGGAGGUGGAGGACGGGGAGAGAAGAGGAAGGAGGCUCCGGGAGCAAGCGAGACAAAAAGGGUCAGGCCUGGGACUUGGGAAAAAUCGGGAGAGCAGAGAGAAGAGGGAUCAUCUCUCAUUUCUUUAUUUUUUAUUUUCAUUUUUUGACUUUUAUUUCCGCCCAACAUCAGACCAUCAUCACCCUCAAAGCAACCCUUAAGAAUCUCAGCGAUGCCGUCCAACACUGUCACCAAUGCCAACACCGCCGCUGCAUUCAAAGGCUCAGACUUCACUGAUUCACCUGGAAACAGAAUGGGUGAGAGCACAAUACUGGACAUGGACCUGAUGGCUGAGGAGAAGUCGACUCAAAGUAGUGCCUCUUGUAAAGCUGGCAAACCCGGAAGGAAGCGCAAGCAGUUUGCAGUGGAGAGCGGCUCUCUCCGAGACAGUGUGGGCAACAGCUACUCCGGGGUGGGGAGGCCGUCCAUAGCACUGCUCCACAACGGAGACAUGGGCGGGCACAGAGACAGGAUGUCCGAUGCCUGCUUCCCCAAACAGGAGAAGAGGGAAGUGGAGAACGGGAUCCCCAGAGAGCUUUCCUCCUGCCGGGCCGAGGACAGCUCCCAGGGCCGGAGCCUGAGUCCCUCCCAGGAGAACGGAUUCCUGCCCAGCCGGGAAGAGCAGGACUCGGAGAAAGACAAGGACGAGAGCCUGAUGACGCCGCGCAAGAAAAGAGGGAGGCGGAAACUGGAGCGUCCAACGAAAUAUGUGGAGCACAAGGAGGAGGACGGGAGUGAUGCAGUCAAGAUCGAGGCAGGUCGAGGCAGGCUGCGAGGGGGAGUUGGUUGGGAGAUCAGCCUUCGUCAGAGGCCCAUGCCCAGAAUAACCUUCCAGGCUGGUGACCCUUAUUACAUUAGCAAGCGGACCAGAGAGGAGUGGCUGGCCAAGUGGAAGAUGGAGGCAGAGAAAAAGGCCAAACUGAUGUCAGCGAUGAACGCCAUGAAGGAUCACGAGGAGAGCGAACCCGAGACCCAAAAAGAGGAGGUCUCAAUAAUCAAGCACCCGCAGCCUUCAAAGCAGCAGCAGCUUCUGCAGCCUCAGCCUCAGUCGAACACUCAGUCUCAGCCUCAGUAUCAACAGCAAUCACAGCCGUCGCUGCCUCAACAGCAGCAACAUCAGCAGCAACAUCAGCAGCAACCUCCUCCUCAGCAGCAGCAGCAGCAGCAGCCUACUGACCCGGCUUCUCCCACCGUGGCCACGACCCCUGAACCCGUCGCCAUCGGAGGAGGAGACAAGACAUCCCCAAAGUCUGCAGACACUGAGCCCGAGUAUGAGGACGGUCGUGGUUUUGGCAUCGGUGAGCUGGUUUGGGGGAAGCUGCGAGGAUUCUCGUGGUGGCCAGGCCGCAUCGUAUCCUGGUGGAUGACGGGACGGAGCCGAGCUGCCGAGGGAACCAGAUGGGUCAUGUGGUUUGGAGAUGGAAAAUUCUCAGUGGUCUGUGUAGAGAAACUCAUGCCUUUAAGUUCCUUUAACAUUGCCUUUCACCAACCAACUUACAAUAAGCAGCCCAUGUACAAGAAAGCCAUCUACGAAGUGUUACAGGUGGCUAGCAGCCGGGCAGGAAAAGCCUUCAUGGCCUGCCCUGACAGUGAUGAGACAGAAACCUCCAAAUCAGUGGAAAUGUUGAACAAGCAGAUGAUAGACUGGGCGAUGGCAGGAUUUCAGCCCACUGGACCUAAAGGCUUGGAGCCACCAGAGGAGGAGCGUAACCCUUACAAAGAGGUCUACCCUGAGAUGUGGGUGGAGCCCGAAGCAGCCGCCUACACACCUCCUCCAGCCAAAAAGCCUCGCAAAAGCACAGCAGAGAAACCCAAGGUCAAGGACAUCAUUGAUGAGAGGACACGAGAGCGCCUUGUUUAUGACGUGAGACAAAAGUGCCGCAGCAUAGAAGACAUCUGUAUCUCCUGUGGAAGCCUGAAUGUUAGCCGUGAGCACCCUCUGUUUGCUGGGGGAAUGUGCCAGAGCUGUAAGAACUGCUUCCUAGAAUGCGCGUAUCAAUACGACGACGACGGCUACCAGUCGUACUGUACUAUCUGCUGUGGCGGACGAGAGGUGCUCAUGUGCGGAAACCACAACUGUUGUCGGUGCUUCUGUGUGGAGUGCGUGGAUCUCCUGGUCGGUCAGGGAGCCGCUCACGCCGCCAUCAAGGAGGAUCCGUGGAACUGCUACAUGUGCGGUCAGAAGGGAGUGUACGGUCUGUUGGAGCGUCGCACCGACUGGCCCAGCCGUCUGCAGCACUUCUUCGCCAAUAAUCACGACCAAGAUUUUGAUCCACUAAAGCUUUACCCCCCAGUCAUGGUGGAGAAGCGGAGGCCCAUUCGCGUCCUGUCGCUGUUUGACGGCAUAGCAACAGGGCUGCUGGUGCUAAGAGAACUCGGCAUCCAGGUGGAUCGCUACGUAGCCUCUGAAGUGUGCGAAGACUCCAUCACUGUGGGCAUCGUCCGGCAUCAGGGUCGCAUCAUGUAUGUUGGCGACGUGAGGAACGUCACGCGCAAACAUAUACAUGAGUGGGGUCCCUUUGACCUAGUUAUAGGUGGAAGUCCAUGCAACGACCUCUCGAUAGUCAAUCCUGCUCGGAAGGGUCUUUACGAGGGCACCGGUCGCCUCUUCUUCGAGUUUUACCGUCUGCUCCACGAGGCCCGGCCGAAGGAGGGCGAUGACCGGCCUUUCUUCUGGCUCUUUGAGAACGUGGUGGCCAUGGGGGUCAGCGACAAGAGGGACAUAUCUCGCUUUUUAGAGUGUAACCCAGUGAUGAUCGAUGCCAAGGAGGUGUCUGCCGCCCAUCGCGCCCGUUACUUCUGGGGAAACCUUCCUGGCAUGAACAGGCCCCUGACUGCCAUGUGCAAUGACAGACUGGACCUCCAGGACUGUUUAGAACACGGGAGAACAGCGAAGUUUGACAAAGUGCGGACCAUCACCACCAGGUCGAACUCAGUCAAGCAGGGCAAGGACCAGCAUUUCCCCGUCUACAUGAACGAGAAGGAAGACAUCCUGUGGUGCACUGAGAUGGAGAGGGUCUUUGGCUUCCCUGUCCACUAUACAGACGUGUCCAACAUGAGCCGGCUGGCGAGGCAAAGGCUCCUGGGCCGGUCGUGGAGCGUCCCGGUUAUCCGCCACCUGUUUGCACCACUUAAAGAUUACUUCGCCUGCGUUUGAGCGGCGACGAACGGCCGCUCCGAAGCGUUUUUAGGAACCACAACACGACGCAACUACAUAAACGAGAGCCUUGAUCCUCAAAUUAUACGCCGGUAUAAUUUGCGCGCGAAACAUUUGACGUAGAUUUCACAUUAUUUCUUGUAUUUUGAAUUGUAAUUCUUAUUCUAUUUAAUUUUUGAUAUGUCAUUUUACCUUUUUAGCAGUGUUAUCAAGUAUUGUUGAUUUGUUUGUGCAAGCUAUACUUGAGACUAUGCUUUCUUCUCGAGACACUGAGACAGCAAAGUGCUACACAUGUAAAAGAGGAGGGUUAGAGUGACGGGGAAACACCGGAAAGAGAGGAGAUUAGUGUUUUUAAAAGAUAUGUGAAAUGUUUCUGCUGUGUGACCGUACUGCGAGAUUCCCACCUGCAGUGCGGCCAUGCUUCCAGCUACUGAGCCUCACAGAUGUGAAGAGAAAAAGGCGAUUUUUUUCAUUUUUUUAUUAUUAUUUUAAAGUGUCAGGAGAGCCGUGUCUCUGAGAAUCCAAAACACCAGAUCACAUAUACCUCUUUGUUUACAGUUUCUAUACACAACUGAAGGUAAUAAAGGUACUACUGUAAUAUGGUUACAAUACCAUGGUGCUCCAAAAUGAUGAGAAACAUCAUAGCCCAUGUGGCACUGAGACUUUAUUAGGACAAUACGGAGCUUUUUAUCCUGUUGCUGGAAAAAACUUGUUUUUAUUGAUUGAAAAAAAUCUGUUCCGUUCCGUUUUUGUUCACUUCCAACGGAGUGACAGACAUCAGACGACUGCGAAAUAGAGUUUAUCCUCUUUUUCUGCGAUUUUACAGCUUUUAUACAAUUUCUAGUGGUGCUCAUUCAAUCUCUCAGCCUUGCUACGCUCAGGCGGCUACAGCGCCUGGAUCUGCACAAAACAGAGUGAAGCUAAAGCCACAUGGGAAAUGAUGUUUUCUGUCAUUCAAAAAGUGUAAAAAAAAAAAAAAAAAAAAAAAAAAAUUAAAAAAAACAUCAAAGUCUGUGGUGAGCUACUUUUUUCUAGUUUCAUCCUGACCAAUGACAUUACUGUACAACUGUUAGUAAGCGUGGUCGCUUAAACUUCCACGUCUCGAAACUGAAAAAAAAAACAACUGUCAGGUGCAAAAUCCUCAACGAUAUGGUGCGGCUUCACAAAGUUCUUCUACCUUUUUAUAGCAAUUUUGUGCUGUUUUAUCAACAUUAUAAAGCACUUUUAUAUGUAUACUUUCUUUUUUUUCUUGAUAUUUUUUUUAAAAAGAUAUUGGUUCUUGUGAAUUGUUUUUGUUCUUUUGGGUUUUUGUUUAGUUUUAUGAUGUGAACUGAUCUACCCUCAUGUAAUACUUUUUGUAUACAGUAGGGCUGUGCCAAUAGAAGUGGAAAGAAUGGAUUUUGAUAUGUGAAACCCAUGUUGUUGGACUCGGUGUACAGUCGGUAGAUGGAUUGACAUUUGUAAACCCCCUUUCCCCUUCUUUUUUCAUCCAUAUUGGUCUCUGUUAGGAAGCAGUGAUGCAGUAUGUUUUCACCCAAAUUCAAAGAAUGUCUAUCUCUAUUAAGAUUGUAAGAUUUAAGACAGAGUUAAAGAACUGUGUCGUCUGCUUUGUAUUAUCUUUUUUUGUCCCUUGUGAAGGACAGUCGGGCCUCUGCCGCUUCACCGAUUAACCGUCAUGUUGGCAAAUUAGUUUCAAUCCAAAAUUUGGAUUACGUUCACCGAACUAAAUUCUCUUGAUUGUAACCUCUAAGUUAAUUAUGGAGGAUUUAGGCUGCGGUUUUGUCAAAACGUAAAACUGACACAGUGUUCGGCGAAGACGUCAGCACUCAAAGAGGGUAAAAAAACAGAUGUAUAUCAUAUUUAAGAUUCUAAAUUUGAAAAUUUACUUUUCUCAAUGUAAUUAAUUUCUUAAGUGACCUUAUCGCCAUCAUUUUUGUCCACACGCGAGGCUCAAUAUGAGCUUUGAUAUUUUAACCAGAUGUUAUUCCCCCACUUCCUCCUAUAAUACUUAACAUCCCCUUCACAUUUGUACAUUUUGUACAUAGAGUUUUCCGGUUGCUGUUUUUGUCAUUUUUUUUUUAAUUACGUAUGAGAUGUACAAAUAUAAUUCUUUGCUAAUAUAUAUCAUCAAAUUAGAAAUCUUUAGGUUAAAACUGAAAAAAAAUCAAGUGAGAAAUUUGAUUCAAAACUGUGCUUUAAGCAUUAGAUUGUAGGGAGACUCCAAGUCAAAGGUUUUUUUUUGUUUUUUUUUUUUUUUUUAAAUCAUUCUGAUUUGUUUGUGUCAAUUGAAUCCAGAUCUAACGUUGUGUGAUUUUAAAAUAUCGGCCUAUGGCCCGCUUUAAGAUGAACGGUCUCAACUUCGCUGCACAGCCCUACAAUGGUGGUGUUUUUUGCUUCUGUUUCCUUUUGUAAGACUUUAAAAAGAGGGAUUUUAGGUGUUUCCGAUGGUGCUAAACAUUUUAUCUAAUCAAGAAAAAUAUAUUUGAUUGGAAGAGAAAUAAACACGUCUUGACGAUGACUGUUUUACGUUCCUUGUAGUAAUGGAAAAGAACUAUUAUUUCACUCAUAUAAAUAUAUUAACAAAGGCAUUUUAACUUUGUACUUGAAAAAAUAAGGAUAACAAAUAAUGAAAGGUUUCCUAUAUUGUUUUAGACUAGAGAUUGCUGUAGUUGGUGCUUAUCUGUGGGAAAAUCGUGUGCGGAUAAAAAAAAGAAAAAGAAAAAAAACAGUAAGAAAUUUUACUGUAGCAUAAUGUAUGCUUAAUACGCAUUGCUUCUUAAUCCUACAUUCCAUGCCGUAAUAUUCUCCAUGUCUGUUUUUCAGAAUGUUAUUUUUGAAUUGAUGCUUUUUUCUUUUCUUUCUUUGUUUUUUUUUUUUUUGCUUUAUCUUUAUCAGAAACAUUUCAUUAUACUGUUCAACGCAGGUCAAUUCUUCUAUAUUUGGUGAUACUGUUGACACUCUGUGACUUUCUUUCUGUCAUAACUGUUUUAUGGCCUAUACGCUUUUUUCCUCAAGACCAGUUCGUACAGCAAAUGUAGCAGUCAUUCUCCACUUUAAACCCCCCACCCCCAUACUUAUGUUUAGUGUCCAGAGAGAAGAUAAAGGCUCCGUAUGUACUUGUGCUGGAGAACACUUGAAUAAAUGUAUUGUUUUUGUGCAAAAAAAA